UCAGGAAAGAACUUGAGUAGACUUUCCCAUGGAUUUAUAAAUAAGUAAACGAAGCCCAUUGUAGGAGAGAAAUAAAUACUUUUUAAAAAGAAAAUAUUUGUUAUUGACGAAAAUAGUGCACAGUCUUUCGUUUUUACAAAAUAGUACAAAUUUCGGUUUCAAAUGGCAAGUCGAUAAAUCGAUUUCGAAAAUCGACUUCAUAAAUUUAUCAAUGCAAAAACAGCUGUCAUGGUCAUCAUUCGACUUUUUGUUUGGCUUAUCAAAAAUGCGAUUGGUUCAUUAGACGAAAGUCGAAAUAUACGUACCAAUGAUUCUCGAUCGACGAAUUUUCAAUUUAUUUUGUAAAUACACGAGAGACGAGUUGUAAAUAAAAGAAUACAUCAUGGUUUGCCGUUUAUGUUUGUCAGAGCCAUCAAAAGAAUCAACUGUAAAUCUUUAUAAAACUACAGAUGAUAAUAUUGUUACUGACAUUGAAGUUCUCAAUUUAAUAGAGAAGUAUUUGGAAAUAGAGGUACCACAAGACGAUGUUGUAUCGACAAUAAUAUGUACUGACUGCCAUAACCACUUGAUGGACUUCCACCUGUUUCGUCAGAAUGUUCAAGAAAAGCAGAAAACAUUGGAUGUUGGCCGGAAACAGUUAGAAAUAAAUGAAGAUCAACAAGUAGAAUAUAGUUUAUUUCGAAUUCUUGACGAUGUCGCAGAUACAGACAGAGGAAAAACAAAUAAAAUUUGGAAUAAUGAAGAGGAAGAGGAUGGAGAUUUUCUCAUGGAUAUAAUUAAAGACGAAGUUAAUGAGGGCAAUGAAGAUACAAUGGAUUCAUAUCUGAAAUGUGACGAUGAUAAGGAUGAAAGUCGGGUUGAAAACGAACAUAACGACUCCCUGAACGUGGCCAGUCAUCAUUCAACAGAAAUCGUUACCGGUAAAGCUGAAAAACUUAAGAUGUUUACAAGCCGAACACAAUUUGAAAGGUUAGUCAAAGAGCUAAAGAAAAAUCCAGCACUUGAUAAUUAUCGCAAUGUCACGGACUCCGGCAAUUUUAAAGAUCGUUGGGAGGAACUUGCCAUCGUUUUAAAUAAUCUGGGAACAGCAAAACGACUUGGUGAUGGUUGGAUCAAGGUUUGGCGGGAUAUGAAAUUCAAGACAAAGAAAAAAGUAUGUGCCAUCAAAGCAGCCCGCGAAACUAAAGGGGUGCAGGUAAAAAAACUUACUGCUUUGGAACAAGAAGUAGCAGAGAUGUUCAAUUGGCUGUCAAAGAAACCAAAUUCCAGCAAAAAAUCUUCUUUAUUUUGUCGAACGAAUCUUCCCUCAAGGCGAGGGGUUUCUGCAAAGCCAACGAGUACACAAUCAAAUCAAACUGAAAUAGCGGAUGACCUCUCAGAAGAAGAGCCAUUAACUAAGGAAAAAGACGAAAGGCCUAUUGGCAAUACAAAAGAACCGCAUUCAAGUACUGCUCACAUCAACGCCCCAGAAGAUAACAAUUUAAAAUGUACCAAAGAAAAAAUUGUCUUUAGACUAAUGAAAGCUUUAGAAAGCAAAAAAUCAUUUAAUUCGACAAAGCACAGCCAAGAAAGUAGUACUAAAGAGGAGACCAAACCAGCAUCAUGCAAUUGCGGAAAAGCAGAUGUGAUAUGGGAAAUUUUCGAACUAUUAAGUUCAGUGAAACGCAGCCUUUUGGAAUUCAACAACUAUCACAAGCAGCUAUUGGAAAUCGAAGAAAGAAAACUAACCUUAUUACAGACAAAAAAUGAAAGAGAAGAAGAUAUGCACAAAAGUGAUGUCAAACUUAAAAAUCUAGAAAUUCUUAUUAAAGAAAAACAAUAUCAUGAUUUAUACGUGCCUGAUGAAUCAGUUAUAAAACUAUAUCAUGACAUCAAUUCUUCGGCAGAAUCAAUAGAAAUGGUGAAGCUGAUAGAAAAGUACCUGGAAAUUGAGGUUAGAGAUGAUGAUGUAUUCUCAACCACUAUAUGUCAGGAUUGUCAUGAUCAUUUAGAUGAUUUUCAUAAGUUUUGUAAGGAUGUUGCCGAAAAACAGUCUAUACUUCGCAAUGAGUUUCUUGAGGUGCAACUUAAAGUGGAGUCUCAUUGUGACGAUAGCCAAGAUCCUCAAAUGAAGGAAGAUAAGAAGAUCUUGGAUAGUCAAGUUCAAAAUGUCGAUGUUUGUGAUUCCAAGGAAAUUGAGCAGGCCAUGUUUGAAUGUCCCAUUGAUUUGCUAAAAAGUGAAGCGGACGAUGAUGAAAAGGAAGAACAAGAAGUGUUUGAAACGGAUGUUCUUGAUGAUAUGGAUCUUAACAGGGAAGAAGAAGAAGAUGUGUUUGCAGACAGCGUUGAUAAUGAUCCGGUGGACAUGAAUACAUCGGAAGAUGACAUGCCUUUGAGUAAACUGAAAGCUAAAAAGAAAAACACCACAGCCAGGCGAAAGCGGACAAGCACCAAACCCAAGGUAGAUAAAGAAGUCAAAGAACCAAAGGAACGCAAAAAGAAAGGUGAACGAAAAAAGACUAUGUCAGCCCAAGAAAUUAUAGCUACAUCUAUUGAAUUAAAAUGUGAUAUAUGUCAAGUCAAAGUGAAUACAUGGCGUGAAUUGAGACAACACUUUUUGUUGGCCCACACAAGAACACCCUAUAUAAAAUGUUGUGACACUGUAUACGAAAAGCAACGACCCCUGGUGGAACAUUUGCUAUGGCACAAAAAUCCAGAUUCAUUCAAAUGUAAACUAUGCAAUGAAGUCUUUUCGAACUCAAGGGACUUAACAUCUCACAUAAGCAGCCAACAUCCGGAUAAUGUCGAUUUAUUGGAGACAUAUGAAUGUGAACAUUGUUUUAAACAUUUCCGCAACUAUACGAUAUUCCAAAAUCAUUUACGCACCCACAGCAAGGAUAAAGACAUUGAAUGUCAAAUAUGUAACAAAAGAUUAGAAACCGAAUACCAAUUACGACGUCAUAUUGAUUCCUUUCACAAAGACAUGUCUAUGCAUAUUUGUGACAUUUGUGGUAAAAAAUUCAAAUGUAAAGAUUCCUUUAAAAGACACUAUCAGGUACAUCAAGGUAUCGUCGAGCCCGCUGUACAAUGUUCAAUAUGCAAGUCAUGGCUUAAAAAUCAGCACAGUCUACGCAUACAUCGUUUCGUUCAUGAGGAGCAUCCCAAUUCGUGCAAUGUAUGUGGAAAGUUGUUCAAGACACGGCACACAUUACGCCGGCAUAUGAAAUACUGGCACGAAUUGGAGCGUAAUUUGCAUUGUACCUAUUGUGAUAAGGUCUUUCGACAGCAACGCAACUUGGAAGAACACAUGGCCACGCAUACGGGAGCCCAAUUGUAUACGUGUCCCCAUUGCGGCAAGGAAUCGAGAUCCCGAUCAAAUAUGUAUGUUCACAUUAAACGAGUUCACCCCAAAGAGUGGUGGCAAUCGAAAGUGGAACGUUUGAAUUUAGAUCCGAAUACUGAACAUCCCGAAAUAGAGAAAUAUCGUCAACAACAACAUGAUAUGUUCAACGAUAAUUUAUAUCAACAUAUCUGUGAUAUUUGUGGUAAAAAAUUCAAAUCGAAGCCGGCUUUUCAGAAACACUACGAUGAACAUCAGGGUAUUGUGGAACCAGCCGCCCAAUGUUCCAUAUGCGGGGCAUGGCUUAAAAAUCGCUUCAACUUAAAAGUCCAUUUAACCAUACACGAGGAUACGGAAUUUUCUUGCGAUAUUUGUGGAAAAUUACUUCAAACGAAAAAGAAUUUGAGUCGCCACAAAAGAUAUUGGCAUCGUUUGGAAAAAAAUCUCAAGUGUAGUUAUUGUGAAAAAAUAUUUCGUGAAAAACGCAAUCUGGACGAGCACAUGGCGACACAUACGGAAACGCAACUUUAUGCAUGUCCCCAUUGUGGCAAACAGUCACGUUCAAAAUCGAACAUGUAUGUACAUGUUAAACGUCAGCAUCCCGAGGAAUGGUUGAAAUCGAAACAGGAGCGUUACAAAAUAAAACCAAAUUCCGAUGACAAAGAACAAAAGACUGCCGUAGAAAAGGUGGGAGUAACGAACGCUGUCGAAACUCCGGUAUAGAAAAUAACUUUUCAUUUUUAGCAUUUAACUAAUUUUUUUACUAAAUGGACUAAUUAUAGUUGUAAGAAUGUUAAUUAAUAAAUACUAGUUUUUUACUUAA